AUGGAAGUGAACUUGGAACGAUCAAUUUACGCGACCUGGAGACGCGUCUUUGGUGGUGUAUCGGGCUUCUGGCUCGUGGGGCUUGACGAGGUGCAAGUGGUCCGUGCGUGGUUUGCCCGCUCCACCGCCUUUGGACUGAGGCGGCAAAUCCAACCAUUAGCCAAAGCAAUGUUGAACUUUUUCCCAGCAGACCAUAUUCUGCCAUACAACAACCAAAAAAAGGCCGAAUCAGACAGCGCAACUCGUCGCAAAGACCCGAAUUUGGGUUCAAACGCGCCAGAAACACCGGAGGAUACGCAUCAGGACGAGAAGAGCGCAUUUCACAGCCGCCACCAUGGGUGUCGCGAAGAAAACCAGAAAAUUCGGCCAGGUCAGUCCUUAUCGAUAACCAAAAUCCCAUUCAGAACUGAGCCUGCUAACGUUUCGCCAAAUGUCCAGGUCAAGCGAGUAAUAGGCCUGCGCGACGCACGGCUCAAAACAAACCAGAAAAAAGACGAAGAAGCCAAAGCCAAAGAGAAGAAGACCAUCAAUGGCGAAUUGAUCCGAGAAGCACCCCAGAUGCCCAGCAACAUGUUCUUCCAGCACAACACAGCGCUCGUGCCUCCCUACAACGUCCUCGUCGACACCAACUUUCUCAGCCACACGGUGCAGCGAAAGCUGUCGUUAUUAGAGUCCAUGAUGGACUGCCUGUACGCCAAGUGCAACCCGAUCAUAACGUCGUGUGUCAUGGCGGAGUUGGAGAAGCUGGGCCCAAAGUACCGGCUGGCGCUGCGGGUUGCGAGGGACGAGCGGUGGCAGCGACUAGAGUGCGACCACAAGGGCACGUACGCGGACGACUGUCUGGUGGACAGGGUGACCAAGGAUAGGAUAUACAUCGUGGGCACCAACGAUAAGCUUUUGAAACGGCGCAUCCGUCGAAUUGCAGGGGUGCCGUUGAUGAGCGUGGCGAGGGGCAAGUAUGUGAUUGAGAGGCUGCCGGGGGCGCCUGAGUAA